AUGGGCAAGGUCAUGGCCACCGAGGCUGUGGUUGGCUUGGCCACAACAGCAAGUGCAUGGGCUCUCGCACCGUCAAAGUAUGCUGUAUGGUUGGAUCUCAGCUCGCGGCUACCCACUCGCUACUCCGGACACAUCCAGAUCGAGGCUGAUGCCAUCGCUCAUCCCAAGGUCAAGCCCAUGCCCAAGCCCAUGCCGACGCCGACCACUGAUGCCGCUGCUGCCAAUUCUCCGGCUUCUUCGUCCGCAACCCAUGUGCCGUCCUCGAGCUUUCCUGCUGCGCGUCAUGCAGGCUCGCUCGCGUCGUCGUCGUACGCCUCGCGCUCGCUGAUCGACGCGGUCGUGCUCCGUGCGGCAGAGCACAUUAAGCUCGGCGACGUCUCGGUCGACUCUGCCAGCUCAGGCAGCGGGCUAGUGCCGUCGGCCAUCCAAAGAGUCACUUCGCUCCCGCGGCAUCCGCAUCCGCCGCAGGUCGACGGCCUCGAGUUUGACGCCGAUGCUGCUGCCGGUAUGGUCUUCUUUGUCCUUCAUUUUGAGCCGCCGCUGCGGCCCGGGCCGCUCCUCCUCCGCAUCGCCUUCUCCGGUGCCAUGGCUCGCUCGGGCAUUGUCCGCCCGGGCCUUGUCGCGCCAGGCUCGGCCAAUGCCCGUACUCUCUCGCUCGCGCUCCUCGCCCCAGGGGAUGGCGGCGCCGUCUGGCCAGUCGUCGGCAUCCGCGGCGCUCGCUGUAAGACCCUUCUCUCGCUCGUUGUACCAGCCGCGCAGCGCGCCCUCGCCUCGUCGCCGUGCGCGGCCUCGCAAGAGCUUGAUGCCAGUUCCGGCUCGGGAUCGGUUGUCGCUGAUCGCGUCCGCCACGUCUUCCGCCUCUCGCGGACCGGCCCCGAGACGAGCUACGGCUUUGCGGCGGGCUCAUUCGACUCACGUAUCGCCUUUUCCGACGCCGGCUACGCGCUCGGCAUUCAUGUCGCCUAUGCUCCGGACGCCGCCACCGGUGUCGGCCACGACGGCGCCCCGUCAGCUGCUGCCGCCGCCGCUACUCUGGCCAUGACCUCGUUUGCGCUCGACACGCUCUCGGCCGCGCUUUCCGCCAUCGAAGACGUGCUCGACGCACCGCUUCCGAUGGACAAGUACGACAUUGUCAUUGUACCCGACGGUGUUGCUCUCCCCAACGCGGCCCCGCUCUUGGCGCUCGCCUUUACAACCGCCGCCAACAUCGUCUUUGACCCAGCCCUCCAUCCACCGUCGCAGCUCCGUCAUGUCGCGUCCUACAUUGUCGCCACCGUCAUCGACUCGAUCCUCUGCGUCGCCGCCUCGCCCCUGCCCGACGCCUGCGCGCCCUGGCUUGGUGCUGGCCUCCGCAAGUGGCUCGCUGACAAGGUCCUCGCACUCCUCUUUCCCUCGUGGAACGUUGCCGCUCUCACCACCACCGCUCGCUUUGCCACGCUCCAUCAUCCGCUCGCCACGCGGCUCCCGCUCCGGAGCACCAUGUCGCGUGCGAUCACGCAAGCGAUUCUUCCCUGGCAGUCUGGACACAUGGCCGGCAUCGCCGCCAUGGUCUUUGCAUGGAUUGGCUCCGGACCGCGGACUGCGUUCUACCGAUCCUGGGCUACUCUCAACGCGUCCUACUCGGACACCACACUCCUGGCCCUCCUUCAACGCCAUGCCGCCAAGCCGCUUGACGUUGUUCUCGCACCGUGGUUCGAGGCUGCGGGCGUCCCGUCGGUUCAUGUCACGUCACGUAGUGACAGCGAUGGCAUAGACUCGGGAUCAGGCUCGGAUGCCUCGGCAGUAGACUCUGAGUACGACGACAAUGACGACGCAAACGCGCUCUUCCUCCAGCUGGAGGUCUCGCAGGCCGGUGCCGUCCAGUACUGGAUCCCACUCUUCCUCAUGCAGCCCGGUGCGUCACGAGUCCGGGUCAAGGUCUUUGCUCAUGGCCAAGUCACCGUUCACAUUCAGACCGGGGCCUGGAUCGCCGUCAACUGGCUCCGCUCCGGUCACUACUCUGUCGUGUACUCGGGACCUGUUCUCCGCUCUCUCCGUGACGCCGCAGUCUCGCACGCGCUCGGUGCACCGUCGCGCGCGGCCCUGGUGUAUAACGUCGGUGCAGCCGUCCUUCAGCGCGCACUCCCGCUCACCAACUACCUCGACCUCAUCCAGGCCGUCGGCACUGAUGACGAAGACGCGGUCGAAGUCUGGCUUGAGCUCGUUGCCUCGUUUGACGCCAUCUUUAUUGCAGUCCGCACCUGCCGCAUCCCAGCGUCGCCCGCCGGUUCGGCCGCCCUGGCGCUCCUCACCACUGCUGGCCGCAAGGUCUUUCGAUCUGCGCUCCGGCUCACCGGCUGGGACCGUGUGGCCUCCGAGGCGCUCGCUAUGACCUCUCUCCGCACCGACGUCAUCCGCCUCCUAGCCGUCGUCCUCGUUGAUCCGGAGAUUCAGACCCGCGCCGUGACCAAGUUCAACUCGGCUGUCGUCCAUCGCGAGCUCGCUCGCUCACACCUCGCACUCCCGCUCGCGCAGGCCGCAGUUCAGGCGACAGGCAAGGAUGCGUUCGAGACAGUGCUUGAGGUCUACCGCGAGGCCCCAAGCACCCGUCGCCGCCUGCUCGGCGCGCUAGGCACUGCUGUCUCGCCACUUCUCAUCAGCCGUGCCCUUGAUCUUGUCCUCCACUCCACCAUGCCCGUCGAGGGCUGCGCCUGCAUCCUCACCUCAGCGCUUGCUACAGAGACCGGCGCCCACAAGACCCUCGCUUUCCUCGCUGACAACCUCGGCGCCGUCCACUCGCGCUUUGUCGCUGCCCAUGCCCACACGCUUUGGCUCGACGUCCUCGCUGCACUCGUCGCCGGCUACGGCCCGCCGUCAGACACUCCAGCUGCAGAUGUACCCGCCGCUCUCGUAGACGCCACCGAGCUCCUCCGCGAGCUGCUGGUCGACGCCGUGCCCGGUGCGUGGCAAGUGGUCGCCGCGCUGCUCGACUCUGAACCCAGCAAGUAACAACCGCAGAAAGGC